AUGACCAGCAAUAGCGGUCUCAUAUAUAUUCUCGUUUUUGCCACAUCACUAAGCGUAGCAAAAUCUACUAUUGAUUGGUCGUCGAUCGAGACGCCUCCACAAUUUGUGCACGAACCGAAUCCCGAAACCGUCUAUUUCAAAGUUGAAAAGAGUGUCAACGAUGGGAGCGAGCAGAGUAAAACACCCGAAAAUCUUUUAGAACAGACGAUUCGAUGUGUCGCCAACGGAAAUCCGCGGCCAUCAUAUCGCUGGAAAAAAGAUGGAAAAGCGUUCGAACCGGCCAUGUUUCCUGAGAAAGUCGUUCAGAAACCGGGUGAAGGAAGUUUGGUUUUCUCAAGAUUGGAUGAAACUGAUGUCGGAGUUUAUCAAUGCGAAGCGAGCAACAGCAAUGGAACUGCCGUUGAUCGAUCUGUUAGAGUACAGGAGACAUGGAUUCGACAUUUCCCCGUCGGAGAACCGGAAGUUGUAAUGGUGGAGGUUGGUGAUCCGUACCAGCGUAACUGCACCCCACCUGCUAGCAACCCGAACGCCAGAGUUUACUGGAUACUGAAAGGCAAGGAACCCGGACAAUUCGAGACGAUCAGCAGCAGUCAUAUUUCGAGCAACGAACAAUGCUCGGCGCUUCUUCUUCUUCUUCUUCGUCUUCUUCUUUUCAACAAUUCAUUGUAA